CAGAAGUCGCGAUGAACUGAUUAAUGAUGUUGAAGAAUCCUUUGGCGAUGAGAAUCAUGAGAAAACUCUACUGGAACGAAUUUACAAUCAAAUAGUGUCUGUAGAUGAGAAGUUCUUGAUGCUAUAUGUUCGAUCUUCAGAAGCUUCAGAAAGAUUAUCAAAUCUUAGAUCAUAUAUGAUU